CAAAAUAAAAAAACAAAGUAUCAAUCUGGUCUAGAAAAAUCAGCUUGUCAGUAUCCACAAAAAAUAAAUUUUUUUUUUGUGGUCUCUCCCUAGUCCCUCCCCCUUCCUUACGUUCACAACAAACACCUCCGAUUGCUUCCUUCUUACCAUCUCCGACUUAUCUGCUCCAACAAAGCCUCAACGCCAAAAAAAACAAGCCCCAUCAAACUUCUUUUUCACUCCUUACAUAUCAACCCUCACCCUAGCUUCCAUGAAACCCAACCUCUUCUCCAUUUCUCCAAACAUCUAGGCUAGCUACAUACCGCACCAAAUCUCCUCUGUCGCCUCUGCCACCAUCUCAAUCAUUAAUAGAGAGUAAAGAUUGCCACGGUUCCGACGAUGAAUUCGGCCCAUAGGGCGGGUCAAUCGGUUAAGUGAUAGCUAUAUAUCCAGGAUCGUGAUUUGAAUAGAUCCCUUAUAUCCGACGGUUCACAACGUACCAACACGGUACCAUAGUCCCCGCCGUCGGCGAAGAGCAACUGGCAUUUGGCAACACAAGGCGUACCUAAGAAAGAAAGGGUAUAUGGUCAGACCGUCCGUGACACGAUCUUCAUCUUCUCAAUCCCUACAAAUUGGCAUCGGAUCCUCGAUCGUAUUAAGUUGAGAGCAAAUAUUAAAUGGCAAUGGCAACCGAACGAUUACUCUCAAAACCAGCCUUCUUAGUGGCGUUACUGGCGCUAAUGUGUACGGCGGCAAUACAGAGGUCGGAAGCACAAUUGUCCACAAACUUCUACGCCAAAUCAUGCCCCAACGCCCUCCCCGCAAUACGAACCUCCAUAAGGGCGGCAAUCGCCAAGGAUCCGAGGAUGUCUGCUGCCCUAAUCCGGCUCCAUUUCCACGACUGCUUCGUCCAUGGAUGCGAUGCUUCCAACCUGCUCAACAAUUCCCAAACCAUCAAAUCCGAGAAAGACUCUCUACCAAACGUAUCCACCAGAGGCCACCAAGUCAUCGAUGCCGCCAAAGCCCAGCUCGAGGCGAUUUGCCCCGACGUCGUCUCCUGCGCCGACAUUCUAGCAGUGGCGGCACGAGACGCCUCUGCCUUCGCUGGAGGCCCAUCGUGGGACGUGAAGCUUGGCAGGAGAGAUUCUACCGCCGCGUUUCCUGACGAGGUGAUGGGGAAUCUCCCCUUCUUCAAAUCUGAUCUCCAGAUCCUCAUUGACCUAUUCAACCGAAAAGGGCUUAGCCCAAGAGACAUGGUCGCUCUCUCCGGAGCCCAUACUUUGGGCCUGGCCCAAUGCUUUAGCUUCCGCGAAAGGAUCCAUAGCAACAAUGCUAAUAUCGAUCCUGGAUUUGCUAGCGCCCUCAGGCGCCGCUGCCCGGCGGUUGGCGGAGAUUCGAAUUUGGCGCCAAUGGACAUGACCCCGGAUAAAUUCGACAACAACUACUUCACGAAUAUAGUGCAGAGGAAGGGACUCCUCAAAACUGAUCAGGUCCUUUUCAGCGGCGGCGUUACGGAUAGUAUAGUGAUGGAGUACAGCCAGAGUCCUUCCCGUUUCAGUGCCGAUUUCGCGGCCGCCAUGAUUAAGAUGGGAGAUCUUCAGCCUCUCACCAGAUCCGCAGGCCAGAUUAGAAAGAUUUGCAACGCCGUCAACAAAUGAUCACUACAGUAGCUAGCUCUUUUUUGUCUUCAUUUCUUUGAUUCAAUACAUUUUUUGACUUGUUGGAAUUAAAUUUUAUUUUCAAAUUAAGCUAGCUGUAAAUGCAUACGAAUGUGAAAUUAUUCCCAUGUGUGACAGAGUUCAUGAUCCAAAGUAGUCCUGAUUGUAGAAGGAUUACAAGGAAGAAGAAGAGAUGAAACGGAGAAGAGAAGAAAUGUUUCUGAAGAAGAAAAGACGGCUGGUUGUUUAAGUGGUGCUACGCACCGUUUAGUCUUUGUAAUAGAUUAGUCGUUAAAGUACUGUUUAGGAUUUAAACACAGCCAGUCAGAAUGUGACACUUGGCUUUUAUCUGUAAUCCUACUUUCAAGCUGAAUAUAAAAGGAAACAGAGCAGCCGCUGCUGACUCUGUGAAUUCGGCCAUUUCUUUGCCCUAAUCGUUGAAAGUUAACAUGGUAUCAGAGCGGCCGACCUAGGUCGCCUUCCGCAGCAAGAUGUCCGACAACGCAGAGACAACCGACGAAGCCCAGAAUGAAGGUGGAGGAUCUCA